GGUCAGUAUAGGACACUGCAGCUCUGUGAGGAACAAAGGAGGAAACAAAGAGCAGCUCAGACCUGUUGCAGGAGACCUGCAGAGGGCAGAGCUGUAACCGCACCUGGAUGACCAGGGGCCACACCCUGCCUCUUUAUCUACCUGGACAUCAUCCCUGCAGAUUCUGUUUCCACUCAUCAGCUGAGUGGGAAGUUUCUUCCUUUUGCAGCCCUGAAGCCCUCAGCAUUCUCUGGGUUUAUCAUCUGUUAAAAGAAUAAAAUGAGCUGCUUCACAUUCACCAAACUGCUGACGGUUCUCCUCCUCCUGCUUGUCUUUCUGAUUGGCCUGACUCUUCUGGCACUGGGAAUAUGGGUGACUGUGGAUGGGAAUCAUUUCCUGCAUCUCCUGUGGCCUUUCUCCAAAGACUACCUGACGUUCAUUAAUGUGGGCCUUUUCUGCAUCGCCAUGGGGACCGCGCUAGUGGUGCUGGGACUUCUGGGAAGCUGUGGGGCUCAUAAGGAAAGCAAGUUUCUCCUUCUGACGUUCUUCUCCAUCAUCAUGGUCGUUUUCCUGACUGAGGUGGCAUCUGCAGUCAUGGUUCUGGUCUACUCUUCAUUUGCUAAAGAAAUCUUCCAUGAGUGGGCCAUUCCUGCCUUACAGAACGAUUACGGCAUUGAUCCGGUGGUCACUGAGAUCUGGAACGCCACCAUGACAGAGUUGAAAUGCUGUGGUUAUUCAAACUUCACUGACUUUAUGGGCUCAGAGUUUGAGGAGCAGAGCGGAAACGUGCUUCCUGCCACCUGCUGCAUCAACAGCGACCCCUGCAGCCCAACUGAGGCGGCACGCCUACCUGUGCAGGGCUGCUUUGAUCACAUCGUGGAAACCCUGAGAGAAGAAAGCAAAAUUGUGGGAGGCAUCGCAGCUGGACUCGGACUGUUAGAGAUCGCUGCCAUGAGCAUCGCCAUGUAUCUCUUCUCACGCCAGGAUGAAAAAGUCAGCUGAAGUUAUUUCUCCCAACCUGGGAAAUUCUGCUGCUCUACUUAAAUGCACCUCAGAGAAAAGUGACGCUGUUUAAGGUUCACUUGAUUUAGAUUUAGCUCAGAGAGAAAACCUUUAAGAAUAUCUAUGUAUGAUGAAUGCAUUUCAAUAAAACAUCUAAUUCAUUAAUU